AUGCUGGACAGACUACCCUACAUGCACAGGAUCCCUUUGCCUCCCUCUACUGCAGCGCGCACCUCCUCUCGAUACGCCCUCUCCUCCCCAAAACGCAAGGCGUCCCCUGACCGGAAUUCACAACAAAAGGACCCCAUACUUGGCUGUGUCCUUAUCGGUCCUGGGUGGGUUGUGUAA